GGCCCUUAGGCCCGGUUGUACAAAGUCUGAUUAGCACACAUCGGAGGUAGAAGCUCUGGUUAAAUACAAAGACUGCUUUAUCGAUCGCAUGUUAUGUGCAUGAUGUCGGAAACGUCGAUAAUGAUGUUUAACCGGCAAGUACUGAUAACCAGGCAUUGAACAACCAGCCCUUUGCUGUAAUCCGUCGUAGUUUCGAUUUUGCUUCGAAUCGUAAAAUUGGUAUGCUGAAAUCCGCGUUGUAUCGUAAUUUCGAAAUUCGUAGGCCAUCUUCGGAAUUCGUAAUGUUGAACAAGCCAGUAAUCGUGCCAACGCUUCAAAAGGAAAAGGAUUAUAAUCAGACAGUACCAAAUUUUGUCCGUAAUGUUAUGGGAUCCAGUGCUGGUGCAGGUUCAGGGGAGUUUCACGUUUACCGCCAUUUACGAAGGAAAGAAUACUCCCGACAAAAAAAUAUGCAGACAAUGAGUAUUAAAGAGCACCACGAUAACGAAUUCCAAAAAAAAAUCGAACACAAUCGGCAGGUCGCAGAAGCAAAGACUGCUAAAAAAAGGGCGAAACGCCUAAAAAAAAAACAACGGAACAGAAUAAAACGCAAUGAAACGGGAAAAUUUGAAAAAGAUGACCAUCACUUGCUAAACAACUAAAUAGUGUUAUAUUAUUUCGUGUUAUAUAUAUGUAUGUAAGUAUUUCAAUAAAAAUGUGUGAUUGCAGAGAAUUUUCCAUCACUUCUCAUA